UCGUGACGUUGAACAUUCGAAUAGUUUCGGCCGGCCCGGUGCAUCUUGGGAAGUGCCAACAUGGCGGCUUGCAGCAGCAGCGUUCCGGGCCCCACAGUGUUGCAGAGAUGAGGCUGGUUGUGUGGCGGCUGUUCCUUCUAGCGCUGGCACUCCUGCUGCUGACUGGAGCAGAUGGAACCAUCCAGCCAAGGUCAAAGGGCAAAAAGAAGGACAAGAAGAAAGAGAAGAAGAAAAAUGGGGCCACCCCCCUCCCCACGGAUGAGACAGUCCUUGAAAGGAAGCUUGUGACAGAGAAACCCAAAACUAAAGACAUCUUGACAGAACACACGCGCUACUCCAUCUCAUCCCUGGAGAACAAGAACUUCCCUGGCACUGUGCUGGGCUAUGUCACACCUUGGAAUAACCAUGGUUACGACGUUGUUAAGAUAUUCGGAGGAAAAUUCAGCCUGAUUUCUCCAGUCUGGCUGCAGCUGAGGAGAGUCUCGGCUAAGAUUUUCCAGGUUGAAGGAGCUCACGACAUCGACCAAGGCUGGAUAAAUGAUGUCAAGAAGGUCUCAGGGAGAACUGUCAAAAUGGUACCCCGGCUGUUGUUUGACGGCUGGUCGGUCCAUGACUACCACUACCUGUUCUCCAGUGAGGAUGCUGUGGAAGACAUGAUUGAGACUGUCGUCAAGUUCUGUUACUUGCGUAAAUUUGAUGGCAUCGUUCUGGAGCUGUGGAAUCAACUGGGCAGAACAAAGAAAAGGGACCUUACUCACGUGAUCACCCACAUGGGACAAACCUUCACUGAGCACAACCUGAUCCUGAUCGCUGUCAUUCCUCCGCCCGCCAUGGGCCCCGGUAGUCAGGACGUCUUUAACAAGGAAGACUUGCAGAAGUUGGCCCCCUGGGUACACGGCUUCAGUCUCAUGACAUAUGACUUCUCCAACCCCCACAGACCUGGACCCAACGCUCCCCUGGACUGGGUAAAGGCCUGUGUAUUGAUACUGGACCCAGAAGGGGAACACAGGCACAAGAUUCUCCUCGGAUUGAACUUCUAUGGCAAUGACUUCACGGGCGGUGGUGGUGGACCAAUCAUAGGCAACCAAUACAUAGACCUGCUGACACAGUACAAGCCCAAGUUAAAAUGGGAGGAGGAUACAGGGGAGCACAUGUUUGAGUACAAAGAUGGAACAACAAAGCAUCUUGUGUACUACCCAACUCUCAAAUCCAUCCAGGCGCGUCUGGACCUUGCCCAGGAACUGGGGACCGGCAUCUCCGUCUGGGAGCUGGGGCAGGGGCUCGACUACUUCUACGACCUCUUCUGAUGGGUCAAUGUCUUUGACACUGGUUUCUUAAGACUUAAGUCUUAAAAUUCAUAUCAACUUAAAAUUGAAAUGUCUCUUAA